AUGCCACAUGCUACAUCCUCUGAUCGGGAGAUCAGGAAUGUUGCCAUCAUAGGUUGUGGCUCAAUCGGUGCCUCGUGGGCAGCUCUCUUCCUUGCCCAGGACCUGACUGUCACUGUUUACGACAUAAAUCCUUCGACUGAAAUAUUCCUUCGCACGAUCGUAUCGACCGCCCUCCCUACUCUCAAAUCGUUGGGCCUUCUCAAGAACUCCUCGGCAAAGGCGGACGACAUCGCCUUCACGACCAACCUGCAGGAAGCACUUAGCAACGCCGACUUUGUGCAGGAAAAUGGACCCGAGAGACUGGAGUUCAAGCAAAAUCUAUUCACAGAUAUUGCGAGACACGUUGCAGAAGAUGUUAUUAUCGCAACCAGCUCAAGUGGAUUGCUGUGCUCCGACAUCCAAGAGGGCAUGCCCACGGAAUCGAAACCAGAGCGCUGCGUUGUCGGCCAUCCAUUCAACCCUCCGCACCUCAUUCCUCUGGUCGAAGUUGUGGGCGGUCGGUUCACGUCAAGAUCCACCAUCAACAGGUCCCUCGGAUUCUACGAGAACGUGGGAAGGAAGCCAAUCUAUUUGCAGAAAGAAGUCCCGGGCCAUAUCGCAAAUCGUUUGCAGGCGGCAAUUUUCCGUGAAAUAUUUCACAUUGUUCGGAACGACAUAUGCACUGUGAAGGACAUUGAUGAUGCCAUGGCAUUUGGGCCUGGACUGAGAUGGGGCGUUAUGGGUCCCAGCACACUGAUGCAUCUGGCUGGUGGCGAGGGUGGAGUCGAGCACAUGGCAAAUCAUCUACUGCAGCCGUUGACGACGUGGUGGGCCCAAGAUCAUCCGGUGGUAGACGACGAGCUGAAGAAUAAGUGGGUGGCUGGUACGCUGGACGCUGUCAACGGCCGGAACUAUAUCGACUUAUCUAGGCGAAGGGACGACGAGAUAGUGCAGCUCCUGAACUUUCGGAAAGAAAAGGGAACCGAGUUCGAAACGGAGACUGAAACCAAAAAGUUGUUCAUCCUCGACACCAAUCUAUCACAGCUCCCAAACGCUUGUGGCCGCAUACAAAGCUGUAAUACGAAUGGUUCAGACUUGCACACUAUCGUCGACAAUAUGGCCGCUCUCCCGGACGGCAUCGCCAUUGACAGCGAUCGCGAGUACAUGUACUGGACGAACAUGGGCACAUCCCUCAGCGGCAACUCCGGCUCCAUUGAACGUGCACGACUCGAUGGCUCUCAUCGUGAGGUCAUUGUGGCCCCAGGCACACCCGGCGUGCAUACUCCGAAACAGAUCACUUUUGCACCUCUCAGCCGCAAAAUCUACUGGUGCGACCGUGAAGGGAUGAAAGUUUGCCGCAGCAACCUUGACGGCACGGCCAUCGAGAUCCUAGUCGAUACCGCAUCUUCGGAAGAAGCUCAUCCACAGUGCCGCUGGUGCGUCGGCAUCACAGUCGACGAAACGCGUGGCUUCUUCUACUGGAGCCAGAAAGGUGCGCCCAAGGGCAAGAUGGGUCGCAUAUUCCGCGCUCGGAUAGACGAACCGGCCGAUUGCGAGAUGGUAUUUGGCGAGCUACCGGAGCCGAUUGAUCUUGAGAUUGAUGAGGAGAAUGCGACGUUGUACUGGACGGAUCGGGGAGACCCGCCCACUGGUAACUCACUGAACCGGUCGAGGCUAGAUGGCCCGAGGAGGGAAAGAGAAGUGCUGGCUACCAGACUACAUGAAGCGAUCGGGUUGGCGCUAGACAAGGAAAAUGGCGUAUGUUAUGUGACGGAUCUCGCGGGUGGAGUGUACGAAGUCAAUGUUGAGACGAGGGAGAAGAAAGUUAUGUUUUCUGAGCUUGGUGAUCUGACGGGGGUGGCGCUUGCCUAA